GCCUUUCAAUCCAACAUGGCUGAACAGACUGAGAGAUCGUUUCAGCGCCAACCCACUGUGUUUUUAAACAAAAAGUCCCUCCUAUCUGGUAAGGGCAAAAAGAACUUGCGCUAUGUGAGAAAUGUUGGCCUGGGUUUUAAAACCCCCAGAGAGGCUAUUGAUGGCACAUACAUUGACAAGAAGUGCCCUUUCACUGGCAAUGUGAGCAUUCGUGGGCGGAUCUUGUCAGGUGUUGUUCUCAAGAUGAAAAUGCAGAGAACCAUUGUCAUUCGAAGGGAAUAUCUACACUAUGUGAAGAAAUACAACCGAUUUGAAAAACGUCACAAGAAUAUGUCUGUUCAUCUGAGCCCAUGUUUCAGAGAUGUGACCAUCGGUGAUGUGGUGACUGUUGGUGAGUGCCGCCCACUAAGCAAAACUGUCCGCUACAAUGUGCUGAAAGUUGCAAAAGGCAGCGGGUCAAAGAAAGCCUUUCAAAAAUUCUGAAUGGAUCACCUAGUGGGUAAAUAAAGGAUUUGAGGUCCA